AGUGUGAAUUAACACUCAUUCAACUUCAAAAAAGAUAACGUUUUCACAUCACUAAGAAGUACUGAUAAAAAGUUAUAUAUUUAUUUUUUCGCUUACUUUAAACGUUUAAAGAAAGUAAUCUGAAAAAUGCCGGCCUUUCACUCGGAGAUUGAGGAUUUCCAAGGAUCGCUGGGUAAUAUGGCCAUUUUACCAUUGCGUACACAAAUCCGAGGACCAGCGCCCAACGUUGAUAUUCCCAACGAUAUCAUCGAUGAGUCACUGUACUUCUGGAAGUCGAACAUUUUCUUCCGCAAUUACGAAGUGAAGUCGGAAGUGGACCGGGUGCUUAUCUACAUAACGCUGUACAUAACCCAAUGCUUGAAGCGUUUGGCCCGCUGCUCGAGCAAAGCGCAGGGUCAGCAGGAGCUGCAUAGCCUGGCCAUCUCGCGGUUCGACUUGCCCGGCGAUCCGGGAUUCCCCCUGAACGCCAUAUACACCAAGCCCGACGAUCCGGAGCAGAUGCGUCAGUACUUCCUGCAACUGCGCCACGAAACCGGAUCCCGACUACUGGAAAAGGUGUUCGAUACGCCGGACGACAAGCCCAGCAAGUGGUGGAUAUGCUUCGCCAAGAAGAAGUUUAUGGAGAAGAGUCUUUCGGGGCCGGGAAUGUAGAAAAAUUCACUAUUUUACACCUUUUUUUUUGGACUGUGCACUGGUAAAAGUAUUUCAAUUCAUUUAAAUAUUUAAUUUGUUUUUUGGAAAUUUUUUUUUUUUUUAUAUUUGCAAAAUAAAUUUAGUUUUAGUAUUUCAUUUUACUAUUUUUAUAAUAGGUUUUAAUAUCUUAAAAUGUUUUUUAAAUUAAAACCAUAUUCAACUUAAAAAUAAUGCAUUUAAAACAAAUGGAACCCAUUUUAAAUUAAAAUUUGUUCACAUGAAUUCUAAAAUUAUACAAUUUUGUAUAUUAUUUAAAUAUGAAAUAUAAAAUGUUGUAUUCAGAAGCCAGAUAUUUAUUACCAGUGUAAACAUUUUAAGCUUCUCACCAAACCAAGAAAAUACUGCCGAUUUCUAGAAAUAUAUAACGAAAACAAUAUAUUUAUAACUCUGCUGUAAAUGCUAAAAAUAAAUAAACAAUGAAAAUUUUU